ACGGUCAUCUUCAGCUCCAGCUUCCGCACCACCAAGAGGGCCCAGAAGGCGCGGCGAGCAAAGAACCUCUCGGCCCAGGCCGUCACGGAGGGCAGGGACUUAGGCAUCAACAGAGGCGCAAAGGGCACGUUGAGGAGGGCCACGCACAGGAAGCGGACGCAGAGCGCGUUCGCACGCUGUGGCGCAGUGGGCCCGAAGUUGAAGAGGCUGCAGCUGAGGAGAAGGAGAGGCAUACUUCACCAUGGUGCAGUCGCAUCCUACAUGUACGGCACGACGGUGCACGGCAUGGCCCCUUGGGCGAGGCAGAAGGCGCGGCGCAGGUAUGCGCAGGCGCUUAGGCGCCCGUGGCCAGGCAGGUGCAUCACCACGUUCCUGGCGCUGGAGGGAGCAGACCCCGCGACCACGCCGGUGGAGGCGCAGCUGAAGACUUGGUCCGAGGUCUGGGCCAGGGGCCCCGACAUCAGGGAUCAGGUCAAGCGCGCGUGGCCGAAGAUCUACUUCCAGCUGCUAAAGUUCAGAGCGGAGAAGAGAAGCGGCGACUACUGGAAGUUCAGAACCGAGGACCAGGGCGGCGACUACACGGAGAUAGUCGACGCGUUCUUGCAGGACAUCCAGGACCAGCUGUGGGAGAGAGCCGCACAGCACCGCAACGGAGGAGGUCUACAGCACGGCGCAGACGUGACGGACCUUAAGAAGCACCUCGGGCAGCUCGCGAAGAAAGAACACCACGGCACCUACGGCGCGCUCCUCACAGCGGCGUGCGCAUGUACCUGGACGCGAAGACGGAAGCACGAGACCUUCGGCGGCGAGGAGGUCAUGUGCGAAUGCGGGGGGCCCGAGGAUGACGAGCACAGGAUCUGGGGCGAUUGCACCGCCAGGGAAGACUGCGAGGCCAUCCGCAAGACCGAGGGCCUGGCGAGCAGGGCGCACGUCGGAGCCAAGGAGAGCCCCGCGUUCUGGCUGAGGGGCAUCACACCGAAGAAGUGGUCCACGCCCCCGAAGUGCGACACCAAGCACAUCGAGCACACCACGGGCGCCAGCAUCACCUCAGACAGGCUGUGUGCAACUGAAGGCGGCGAGCUCACAGGCUGCGGCGACGGCUCAGGAGGCGAGUACAGCGCUGACGAGAGGUACUGCAGAUGCGGCUGGGGCUGGGUGCUGCUACACGAAGGGGGAGACACCGACGGGAUAGCGGGCGCCCGAUCCGGCCCGCUGCCAGGACCCAGACAGACCAGCAAUAGAGCGGAGCUCUUCAGCUUGAUCAGCUUCGUCAACUCGACAGAGGGCAAGGUCAGCUUCUGGACGGACAGCGAGGUCACGUGCACAGGCUGGGCUGCGAGGCGCGAGGAGACCACGGGGCCCGGCUGCAUCAACGGCGACCUGUGGCAUCAGCUCGGCGAGGCGAUUCGCAAGAGAGGUGGCGAUCGCAGCGACAUCAGCGUGCACCACCUCAACAGCCACAUGACGGAGCAGGAGGCCAGAGAGAAAGGCAUCACACGGCGAGUCUGGGCAGGCAACAAGGCGGCGGACGAGUACGCAGCGGCAGGCGCGAAGACCCACGCGAUCAGCGACGCCGAGAUGAGCUGCUACGAGUGGGUGAGGGCGACGGCGCACUUGGCCAGGCAGAGGAGGCAGGAGACGCUGAGGAAGAAGGACCUGCUCGGCGACAACCACCAGCGAAGGCCCGCUUCACAGCACGCCUUGAAGCGGGGCCGUCGGGGCACAGGCUGGACAUGCCCCUGCUGCUGGGAGUCGGUCAGCAGCACUACCACGGCGAAGACCAUACAUGGAUGGCUGACGCAGACCUGCAGCGGACCUCCGCCCCCGACGGCACUCACGGUCACAAAGUACGGAGUCGAGUUGCACCCCGCGCGCAAGCUGAGGCGGCUCAGGAGGCACAACCGAUGGUUCUGCGAGAACUGCGGAGGCGCCACCACAGAGCUGAUCGCCAAGAAGCUGCAGGAGCCCUGCUGCGGACACACGGCGUGCGACACCGGGCACUACAGGCUCCAGUGCUGGCUGAUGCAAGCGGUGUGCGAGAGAGGCACUUGCGACAUGCCCGCCGAGGAGGGCACCGAGGAGGAGCCCCAAGCAGAGGAGCAGGAGGCGGCCAGCAGCAGCCAGAGCACGGAAGUCGACGCGGCGGGGGGCACAAGUGGUGUUUCCUGGCGAAAUAAACAGGAAGAGCCACCCCGUCGCCUGCGGGUGAAGCGCCGAGGCGACACUGCUGGCGCAGAGGCAGAGGCUGAGGCAUGCGAGCCAGGCCCUCCCCCACCUCUGAACGCCCCAGGUGUGGCCAGGGGCCCCGCGAGGCGGGAUAAUGGGUGGAGGGCCGAGCUGGCCAGGCGCAGGGCGGGGGAAGAGGAGGCUGCAGCGAGGGCGCGAGGCGCCACGGCGGCAGAGGAGCAGGAGGCGGCCAGCGGCAGCCAUAUCACGGAGGUCGACGCGGCGGGGGGCACAAGUGGUGUUUCCGGGCGAAAUAAACAGGAAGAGCCACCCCGUCGCCUGCGGGUGAAGCGCCGAGGCGACACUGCUGGCGCAGAGGCAGAGGCUGAGGCAGGCGAGCCAGGCCCUCCCCCACCUCUGAACGCCCCAGGCGUGGCCAGGGGCCCCGCGAGGCGGGAUAAUGGGGAGAGGGCCGAGCUGGCCAGGCGCAGGGCGGAGAAGGAGGAAGCUACAGCGAGGACGCGAG